UAAUUGGUGUACCAGGUGCUUCUAUAAACUCAUUUUGGGUUUUCUCUUUUUUCUCAACCUCCUUCAAAAAAACAUCAUUUAUUCUCAACUCUUAAGGAUGUCACACAGGAAAAUGGCUCCAGGAACAUUCACACCUUCAGUCCUCAUCAUCUUCUGCCUUUUGUUCUUCAUGUUCAACCACGGAAAUUGUAUCAGGGAAACAACAGAAGAACAUCAUCAUUAUCAUCAACAAGAAUUAUUUUCCGGUGGAGAGAAUAUGAAUAUUCAACAAGUAGUAGGACAUUCUGGUGACAACCACAUGGAUCAUAUAAAAGCUUCAAAAAUUGGAUUCUUCACGGUGGACCAACUCUAUGUUGGCAAAACAAUGCCUAUAAGUUUUCCAAACAUCGACUUUUCAUCUUUGCCCCGCUUCUUGCAGAAACGAGAAGCCGAUAUCAUUCCUUUCACUUCAAGCAAAUUGCCACAGCUUCUCCAAUUCUUUUCAUUCCCACAAGAAUCUCUCCAAGCCAGUCAAAUUGAGACGACACUCAAGACCUGUGAACUAAAACCCAUCAAGGGAGAGACAAAGUUCUGUGCUACCUCCUUCGAAUCCUUGCUUGAUUUCGUACGUGAUGUUUUAGGAAAGGAAAAUCAUUACAAAGUUCUAACCACACAACAUAUCAAAAACCCAGUUGCACAGAACUACACUUUCCUUGAAAUAUCUCAGGUUUUUUCAUCGUCCAAUAAGAUCGUGGCAUGCCAUAUUUUGCCUUACCCUUAUGCAGUCUUUUAUUGCCAUAGCCCAGAAGCAAGCAAGCUCUUCAAGAUUAGGGUUCGUGGCAAUGAGAAUGGUGAUAAAGUUGAUGGCCUUGCCGUUUGCCACAUGGACACAUCGGAUUGGAUUUCCGAUGAUAUGUUUAUACUCCUCGGCGUCAAGAGGGGAAAUCCUAUUUGCCAUUUCUUCUCCCCAGCUACUUUGAUUUGGGUUUCCUACCAGCCAUGAUGAUAUCCUUAUACUAUGACUUUAUAAAGUUAAAAUAUAAAGCGCAUAUCAGUCAAAUUUAGACUGGUUACUUAUAUUUUAUUUGGACUGAUUAGUAUUACAUUAUGACUUUAUAAAGUUAAGAUAUGCUGAUGUGAUAAUAUAUUGGUGUUUAUGUAUUUUGAAUAUUAUGUAUGUGGAGAAGCUUGAUGUUGAUGUCAAUUAUCUGAUUGUUCUACGAAUGAAUUAUAUAUGAAAAUAAGCAUAUAUAAAUAAGAACUUUGAGUUUGGUUUGCUAA